AUGUCUGUAGGGCAACAACCAGGCGAAGAUUUAGAGUACGAAUAUGAAUACGACGAAACAGAAACCGAGACCUUCUACGUCAACAUCGACCUGACCUCGCACAAUGGCCCCAUCCGUCCACGACGCCGCAGAGCUGCUCCAGUAACAUUCCCCGCCAGCGAACCCCCCUCGUCGCCCUCGCAAGCCACGCUCGACCCGCCCGUCGAUUUCGCCGACGUGACGCACUCGCGGCUAGACGACCCGGUCGACCCUCGCGACGACAUGGAGAAGCGAAUCCAAAUCAUGGAACUGCACAGCAGCAACCCGCUGGUAUCGUACCGCAACCACAUCUUCAGCUGCGAGUGGGCCGAUAUGAUUGGCACAGAUAUGCACUUCACCAAACCCGAAGACCAGCCGGACCCCAGCUACCUCAAAACCACCGACGGAUACUCGCUCAUAGCUGCCAACCGCAUCAAGAUCGUCGGUCGCAAAACGCAUCUUAUUUCGGCAUCUGAUCCGCAAGACAAAAUCGGGGCGGCGGAGGGCGAGUUAGAUGCGACCAAUAUAGCGGGCAAAAACGCUCAAACGCGCUUUCUGCAGGAGCUAAUGGAUAUCAAGAGGGCGAGGGGGGAGACGGAUAUGUUGCAACUAGUUUUCAGUGCGAAAAGGGGAAAGCAGUUUGAAGAGAAACUCGCUGCGUGGGCUUCUACGGAGGAACGACUGGAUACUUUGUACCGGCUGAACCGAAACGCGAUCGGGGGCGAUCUCGAUGCGAUCAAGGAAUUGGAGGAGCUGUAUAAUCGAAUUGAAAGUGGAGCAAAUGAUAAUGGCGGGCCGGCAAAUGCCGCUGUGCAACGUGAUGUCGACAACGCGAGUAUCGGGUGA